AUGCUACGUGGUCUCCGCCAGCACCUCUCGAACAAGAAGGUGUUCACUCUAUCGGCCCUCGAUGCGGGGCCGAACGUGGACGACGAAGAGAUCAGCUUGAAGGACUUCACCGGGCACUGGCGCGACACCUUGAAGACCGAGUUCUAUAAUGAUCUCACGGGGGUGCCGCUGGACGCCGAGAAGGUCAAGGCAGCGAGGCGAUCGGAGGACUGCUACCGCGAGCUCGGCCGCAAGUCUCUCAGUGUGCGCUGGGUUGACAUCGACAAGGGUGACUCGAGCUGGCCCGAUUACAGGUCGCGUCUCGUCGUGCAGGAGACUAAGGCGCAGAGCACCAUCGCUGGGGAUGACGUCGGCGCAGUGUUUGCAGCGACGCCACCGCUGGAGUGCCUCCGGCUCGUGUGUAGCUUGGUGAUGUCGAGCGGCCCGGCCGAGGGUCGCGUCCUGCGCUUCCUGGACAUCUCGGGGGCUCACCCGCACUGUAAGCUCAAGAAGACACUCUACAUCAAGCUCCCAGAUGAGGACCCGAUGUCGCAGAAGGCAGGCAAGUGCGGGCUCUUGAGGAUGGCUCUCUACGGGACGCGUGACGCCGGCCAGAACUUCGAGCUGACGACCUCCGAGACAGUCGUCGGCACCAGCUGCGACCAGUCG